CUUUCCGGUUGUAGUUCUCCGCGUGCCCAUUGAUUGGCUCACGGAUUUGUGGUGUUGUGGUGGAAUAUUCCUAUGGAAAAAUAGUGUUAUUCGUUUUUAAUUUAUCGUUUAAAUGAAUAAUGUGGUGUUUUACAUCGUAUUUAAUGCCAAACUAAUUACAUCACACAAACUAUGAUAACUAAAAUGCAAACUCAAGCUAACGUCGCGGUGCCCCAAUCUGUCACGACACAGCCUCAGCAAAUAGUCGGUGUCCCUGCAAAUGCCGUAAUAUUGAAGAUGUCUGACAUCCAGCAAAUAUCGACAGUCGGGCUUCUGGAGCUUGCGCACCGGGAGUACCAGGCGGGUGAUUACGAGAGUGCCGAGCUGCACUGCAUGCAGCUCUGGCGACAGGACAGCUCCAACACGGGGGUGCUUCUGCUGCUCUCGUCCAUACACUUCCAGUGCCGACGGCUGGACAAGUCGGCGCACUUUUCGACGCUGGCGAUCAAGCAAAAUCCACUCUUGGCGGAAGCCUACAGCAACCUCGGGAAUGUGUUCAAAGAGCGAGGCCAACUCCAAGAGGCUCUGGAGAACUACAGACACGCGGUCAGACUGAAGCCAGACUUCAUUGAUGGCUACAUCAAUCUGGCCGCAGCCCUUGUGGCAGCCGGGGAUAUGGAGCAGGCUGUGCAGGCUUACGUCACAGCGCUACAGUAUAAUCCUGACCUAUACUGCGUCAGGAGCGACCUGGGAAAUUUGCUCAAGGCGCUGGGACGCCUGGACGAGGCAAAGGCUUGUUACUUGAAGGCCAUCGAAACAAGGCCAGACUUUGCAGUGGCAUGGAGCAACUUGGGAUGUGUAUUUAACGCCCAAAGUGAGAUCUGGUUGGCCAUUCACCACUUUGAGAAGGCCGUGGCCUUGGAUCCUAACUUUUUGGACGCCUACAUUAACUUGGGAAAUGUUCUCAAGGAAGCAAGGAUUUUUGACAGGGCCGUAGCCGCGUAUCUACGCGCUUUAAACCUAUCACCAAACAACGCCGUCGUCCACGGCAACCUGGCCUGCGUAUACUACGAGCAGGGCCUGAUCGACCUGGCCAUAGAUACGUACAGGAGAGCCAUAGAGCUCCAGCCCAACUUCCCCGACGCCUACUGCAAUUUGGCGAACGCUUUAAAGGAGAAAGGCCAAGUCGUCGAUGCCGAAGAGUGCUAUAAUACCGCUCUACGUCUCUGCCCCUCACACGCAGAUUCUCUCAACAAUUUAGCCAACAUCAAACGUGAACAAGGCUAUAUCGAGGAGGCUACGCGACUAUAUCUGAAGGCUUUAGAAGUCUUCCCAGAAUUCGCAGCUGCUCACAGCAAUUUAGCUUCAGUGCUGCAACAGCAAGGCAAACUCAAUGAAGCUCUUAUGCAUUAUAAAGAGGCUAUCCGCAUCCAGCCAACAUUCGCGGACGCCUACAGCAAUAUGGGUAACACGCUUAAAGAGAUGCAGGAUGUCGCAGGAGCGCUCCAGUGUUACACCAGAGCCAUCCAGAUUAACCCAGCUUUCGCAGACGCCCACAGCAAUCUUGCAAGCAUCCAUAAAGACUCUGGGAACAUUCCUGAAGCCAUACAGUCCUAUAGAACCGCCUUGAAGCUGAAGCCAGACUUCCCUGACGCGUAUUGCAAUCUAGCCCACUGCUUGCAAAUUGUAUGCGACUGGACGGACUAUGAAGCCCGAAUGAAGAAAUUAGUCAGCAUUGUUGCUGAACAGUUGGACAAGAACAGGCUUCCGUCGGUCCAUCCGCAUCAUUCCAUGCUGUACCCACUGACACAUGACUUUAGAAAGGCUAUCGCCGCUCGCCACGCAAAUCUUUGCUUAGAGAAAGUUCAAGUACUACACAAACCUUCAUACAAAUUCCCUCGCGAUCUCCAAGGACGUCUUCGUAUCGGUUACGUGAGCAGUGAUUUCGGAAACCAUCCUACAUCGCAUUUAAUGCAGUCUGUACCAGGCUUACAUGACCGUAACAAGGUUGAGAUCUUCUGCUACGCUCUAAGCAUUGAUGACGGCACAACAUUCCGUUCUAAAAUCGCUAGAGAAGCUGAACACUUCAUAGAUCUAUCCCAAAUGCCCUGCAACGGAAAGGCUGCUGACAAAAUCUACGCAGACGGAAUCCAUAUCCUUGUGAACAUGAAUGGGUACACUAAAGGAGCGAGGAAUGAGAUAUUCGCCCUCCGACCCGCGCCCGUCCAAGUUAUGUGGCUGGGUUACCCAGGAACCAGUGGAGCUAGCUACAUGGAUUAUCUAGUAACUGACGCCGUCACAUCUCCGCUAGAACUAGCCAGCCAAUACAGUGAGAAGCUCGCAUAUAUGCCUAAUACAUACUUCGUUGGUGAUCAUAAGCAAAUGUUCCCUCAUUUACAAGAACGUCUAAUCUUAAGCGACAAAAUCAAAUCUCACAACAACCUGGGCAACCUAGCGGAUAAUGUUGCAGUCAUUAAUGCUACAGAUCUGUCGCCUUUAGUGGAGAAUACGGAUAUUAAGGAGAUUAAAGAAAUAGUGAGGGCGGCUCGACCGCUGGAAAUAUCGCUGAAAGUAGCCGAGUUACCGACGACUACGCCUAUUGAGACUAUGAUUGCUUCCGGACAAAUUCAGACUUCAGUAAACGGUGUAAUACUCCAAAACGGCCUGGCAACCACGCAAACCAACAACAAAGCGGCAACUGGCGAAGAAGUACCACAAUCCAUCGUAAUCACCACCCGACAACAAUACGGCCUUCCCGACGAUGCUGUAGUUUACUGCAACUUUAACCAACUGUACAAAAUAGACCCGCUGACGUUACAUAUGUGGGUGUACAUAUUGAAACAUGUACCGAACAGUGUGCUGUGGUUGCUAAGGUUCCCUGCUGUCGGCGAGCCGAAUCUGCAAGCCACGGCUCAACAGUUAGGUCUACCACCCGGCCGCAUAAUCUUCUCGAACGUAGCCGCCAAAGAAGAGCACGUACGGCGAGGACAACUUGCUGACGUAUGCCUGGACACCCCCCUGUGCAACGGACACACCACCAGCAUGGACAUCCUGUGGACCGGGACGCCGGUCGUCACUCUACCCGGAGAGACGUUAGCGUCCAGAGUGGCAGCUUCACAACUCAACACACUGGGGUGCCCAGAAUUAAUAGCUAGGACGAGGCAAGAAUAUCAAGACAUAGCUGUAAGAUUAGGAACUGAUAGAGAAUAUUUAAAAGGCAUCCGCGCGAAAGUGUGGGCGGCUCGCUCGGAGAGCCCGCUGUUCGACUGCAAGGCGUACGCCACCGGCCUAGAGAUGCUGUACCGCGCCAUGUGGGAGCGCCACGCGCGCGGCGAGCGGCCCGACCAUCUCGCCGCCGUCGACAAGUAGAGUCGAGUGCCGAGUGCCACGCGCCACGCGGACCGGGAGCGUAUUACCACAGAAUAUAUAAUACUACUAGGUACAGAAGACUCAAUCCCUAACAAAACGCGACCUACGCGCAAGUCGGCGCAAGCGCGUGCAGGCGUUCGUUCCAUAGCGGUGUGCGGCAAUUACUAUGGCAAGACCUCAAAAUUGAGGCGGCCGCAGAUACUUGUAGAGACGCGACGAAAUCGCGGAGUGAGUCACGCCUUUUUUUUUUUUUUUUUUUUUGUUUUUUUUUUUUUUUUUUUUUUAUAGAGGGGAAAAUGCUUUUCGCAUACCACCCAGGCGCGGGGACGGGCCUGGGAUGGUUAUGUGGGACUCCCGUAUAGGCUCAUGGGACCCACGGUUUACCCACUAAAAACCCCUCUUGACCGCCUCAGGGCUAUAAGGCGAGGCCACAGGAACACUGGAGCACUCUUCCGCAGCACUGGAGCACUCUUCUGCAGCGAGUGAGACACGCCUGGUAUUAUGUACAAUGGCAUUGAAGUUGGUUCCUUGUCGGCCUUAACACGUUCAAUUGAGCUGUUUCAACUUUAAUCCUUACAUGAUAAGGGCUAUUUUGAACUGAUGCUUAUUUAACGUGUUUAAAUGCAUCAAUUUUUUAUCCAAAAGCGAUAGUGUUUAAAGAAGUUUCGCGGACAAAUGUUUUGGUGCAUUAAGGUUAAUUAGUGCAAGUGGUAAAGAUCAAAGAUUAUUUUCACCUUGUUAAAAUAAUUUAUCCCUCAGCAUGUUGAUACGAUGAGCUCAUAAAUCUCGUGCUUUGGUUUGUUAUCAUGCAAUGACAUCAUACAAUAUUGUAAUUUUCCUAGUUACCGAUUAUGGUAUGAUAAAUAUGUUACAAUGAAGGUGUUAAAUAUGAUCUGAAAUACGCAUCCCGGUUUCAUACUAGCGGUGACCAGUGUCAGUGGUAAAAGACGAUUUUAAAGUGAGACGUAAGGAGAACUUUGCGUGGAGCAACUAUCAGUGUGACAAUAUCCUAAUGGCUUUAUACGCCUGUUAAAUCUAAAAAGCUCUUGAUAAUCGUUUGUCCUUAUCCGUCAUUUUGACAUUAAUGUUUGUUAGAAAGGGUUAGAAUUUAACAAAAUUUUGCUAAGUUUUAUGAAUACGGGGGGUUAGACUUCCUCCACAGCCUGUGGGAUCCCGUCUACUUAGUUUUUCUAGUCAAUCGCUUGAGUAAUCUCCAUUUAGGCCGAUUGUUAUUGUUUUUUUUCGUUUGAUUUCGAUUAAAUUUGCCUGAAUUUGAAGAGCUUAUUCUGGGCGGAAGAAAUACGAAAUGCCAAAUUGGGACAAAAAAUGUAUGUUUCGUAACUCGGAGGAAGAUUUUGUAGGACAUACAGUAAUAUUGCGCUUAUAUUGUACAGAAUAGGCAACUAUCUAUCGACCAAAUUCUAUCGAAAUCUGACGAAUGAAAAAAUUCGACAACAAUAAACGGCCAAUUUAUUGCGCAGAUAAUAUAUUUUUCGAAGCUUAAAUUAUAUAGUAAUAGAAAUGUGGCCUUUUAGGCAGCAGUUUGCUGCAGCAAUUUACUGUUACUUGUCUUUGUUGUGCGACAUACUUAUACAAUUAAUCAGUGACUUCGAAAUAAAUAGGGUCAUUACGCUAGUUUUCGUCCACUUGACGAAAUUUCAAUGUAAACCUACAUUGCUGCACAAAUUUGGACUUAUUGCAAUCCUCAAUGUCUAAACAAUAUAUCUAUCUACAUAAAAAUGAUAUUUAGCAAGAAGCAAAUUAAAAACAAAAUAUAUUAUUUACUAAUUCGUCAAGUGGACGAAAACUAUAGCAUGGAUGGAAACUAGCGCAAAGACCCUAUUGACUGAAUGUUUUCGAAUGAAGCAAUGUUUGGUUUCAUUGUUAUUUUUACUGUUGAUAAAUGACAUGUGUCGCAUAUUUUAUGUAUGACUGUAAAGGGGCCUACAGAUUAUCAGUCCGCCGGACGAUAUCGGCCUGUCAGAACCAAAAAUUUACAGUUCCGAACAACUGACAGGCCGAUAUCGUCCGGCGGACUGAUAAUCUGUGGGCCCCUUAAGAAGUGGAUUCCAUAAAGGUUUUGUAAAUGCUUUGAUUAGCAAAGUUACGAGACAUGUUGCCAAAAUAAAAAUGUUAAUUAGAAUGAACUUAAACUUUCGUAAUCCGGUACCAAAAUGAAUAUUUGAGUGUUUGUAAAGUCAUCCUCAAAGACAUUAGUGAUAGUAGACAUCAUAUACAUGUAAUUUUUGCUAAAACUUGACAAAAAAGUGACUAAUUCGUUGCUAGAAAGUGAAAGGGCGUCCGCUAGCUGGCGCCGGUGCACGGUGCGGGCGCACGCACGCGGUUGCCAUUGUAGGUAAAAUCCGCCGCACGCGUCCGCGCCAGUUAUCGUUGCUCAUACUAUUUUUCGUUAACCCCCUCCGUGCAACCGCGUCAGGUAGCGGACGCCCUGCCCUAGCUUAUGUCAUAUUAUGCAAAAUAAGAAUCUUUGAAGUUAAUAAAUGACGGCUACAGAUGUGUGUUUCAGAGUUUUCAAAAAGUUUCAAGCCGGAAAUUUCAGGAAAAUUUCACAGGAAACGAAGGAAACUUUCUUUUUGGAAAUGGAAAAUUUCGAUGUGAGAACCUUCGGAAAAUUUUCCUAGUUAAAAUUUCGCAAUUUUGGAAACUUAGUAAUGAUAAUGGCUAUUAUAAUGUUCGUAACCUACCUACGCUAUCAUUGGGGCAACAUAAGUAAGACUGAACAUGAUCCCAAGCUGCAACUGGCAAUUUACGUUCAUUAGUUCAAUUUAUUAGUCACUCAGUGGGUUUUCUUCCUAUAGUUGUUAAGAUAGGUGGCGCUAAAGUAUUGUGAUAGUAUAUCUAAUGGCUAUGCAUGCAUACAUUGUUAAAUUAAUUUUGUAUAAAGCAGAAACGCCUGCUAUUUUCGCUGUAUUGGUUUAGGUCUUGGUAGCUCAGAUGGCAGCGCACAGGGCUAGCGCACUUUUAAUUUGUUCAUAUACAUUGUUACUAGACAAUUGUGAUGUUUCUCAUUAUUCGACAUCUGCCGUUGUAAUAGCUGAAUAUUUAUUUUGUUGCGUGCGUCAACGAAUUUAAAAUAUGUAGUUUGUGCCUUUAGUUAUUUUAAAGAUUUUGUAAAUAAUAUAACUAAGGAUGUUUUCUUUGAUAGCAUGCCACGAUGAAUUAUAUCCUUUAAAAAUGCAAAUUAUCCCUUUGAACGCUUUGCCUAACGUGCGUUGCGUCAUAUGCCGCGUCAACACUGGGAUGCAGCCUCGCGCGUCCGUAGACGUCUUUGGCUGUCAAAGGGUUAACUUAAGGUUAAACUUUAAAAAGUGUGUUAAAAUUGCAUUUAAGCAUCGCUUUCUUGAAUUACACGCUGUUUGUAAUCUAUUACAUGUAUCUUGGUUUACUAAAGAGGUAUAUUUUUUUACAUUUCAGUAUUUUCGGCUAGGUAAUCGGGACAUGUAAUGAAGUUUUGAGUAGAACGAAUUGUAAUUCUUGACUAUUUAUUGCGUACAAAUGAGAAGUUGAUAGUGUGACAAACCCAGUUGAUACCUUUGUAACUUGCGGUUGAUUUUUUUGUAAAUAGUUAUUAUUUAAGGAUAGAAAUAAAAAACAAAACAAUGAAAA